AUGGCGCAGGAAAAUCUGUCUUUAGUGCUGCACUCAAAGGGAGACCUCAGACUGGUAAGAGACCGGCACAGACUUUUAUAUUAUGUGGUGAACAAAAUAAGUUGUAGCUCGUAUGAAACCAUCUAAAUGUACAUUUUUUUUCCUUCUGAUUUUGUUCAUUUCUCAAAGGAAAAUCGCCCUGUCCCAGAGCCAGGACCUAAUGGUGCAGUACGACAGUCUACUUUUACAAACAUUACAAAAUAAACUCUUAAAAUGUUGAAGAUGUGUGUCUUACUGCAAAACCAUCUCAAAGCUAGAGCAUGUCCAGGCUGUUCUGCUUCAACUUCAUGCACUUAAUUUCAAUGAGCAUAUUUUUACCUCCAGAGAAAGUAUCUUUACUGAGCCAAAGCUGAGGUUUUGUUUUUAUGAUCAGGUUGCAAACAUUGCUUUUUGUCAUGUGUGUCCUGUUUUUUCCUUUUCCAGAGGUUUUGCUGCAGAUGCACUCUGUGGGAAUUUGUGGAUCAGACGUUCGUUUCUGGCAGCACGGACGGCUCGGGGAUUUUGUGGUUAAAAAACCUAUGGUGCUGGGCCAUGAGGCAUCAGGGCGGGUGGUGAAGGUCGGAGCUGCAGUCAAGCAUCUGAAAGUAGGUGAGUGGGCGUGUCUGGAAGCUGUUAAAUACUGGAGACUAUAUGUCACACAGCAAAGGGAGAUUCAGAAACUUUUACAUCUUUUAUCAUCUCUUAUCUCUUUUACCUCAAUCUUAUUUCGGCCUUACUGUCUUUUUAGCUUUUGUUUUACUUGUACUCUUUUCUUAAUCAACCUUUUAGGCCUUUUAUCGUUUUAUCUCUUGCUCAUUUCUGUUGCUCUAUUUUAUCAUUACUUUUAUUAUCAGGAUUACCUGUUGUUAUUAUUUAAUUACCAUUGUUGAUAUUGCCUUUUAUAUUUACUAUCCUGUUCUUGCUUUCGUCCUCCCUUUUAAUUGCAUUAUCCUUUCUUCUUAACUAUUUCAUGUUUUUAUUUUGGUCUUCAUGGUGUCAUUUUAUGUUGCAUGGUUCUUGUAUUGUCUGGGUUCCUUAUGACAUGAAAAUGGCCUUCAAUACCGUUUUAACUGAGCUUUUUGAUUUUAUUUGUCUUUUUCCAUGUGCUCCACAACUACAUGUCAACUUCUGUUUUUCAAAAGUGCUAUACAAAUAAAGUUAUUAUUAUUAUCUUUUUCUAAACUCGUCUUUUUAAAAGUUGUCAUUUCAACCAUUUGUGACCGAUUUCACUCCAUAUGAAUAAGUUUCCACUCAGCCUCACUGUAAUAGAGAUACUAUGACAAACUAACGCUGUGCUUUUUAAUCUCGCCUUGUGUCCUGAAGGUGACAGAGUUGCCAUCGAGCCUGGCGUUCCCCGUGAAAUGGACGAGUUCUUAAAAAAUGGACGAUACAACUUAUCUCCAACCAACUUCUUCUGCUCCAAGCCCCCCGAUGAUGGAAAUCUGUGCCGAUAUUACACCCACAGCGCCGACUUCUGCUACAAGUAACAGUCUGUUCAGGAUUUCAUAGCCACGCUGCAAAAGAUUACUCCACCACUACCUUAUAUCUUCCUCCAACUGCCUCUUGCUUCACUUUUACAUCCUUCUUUUUCUCUCCUCUUUGUUCCUCUCAUUGUAACAAAUCAGGUUGCCUGACAAUGUGACAUUCGAAGAGGGAGCUCUAAUUGAACCUCUGUCCGUGGGGAUCCACGCCUGUCGCAGAGCAGGUGUGACCCUCGGCAGCAGUGUGCUCAUCUGUGGUGCAGGUGAGAACUAUUAAACCUGCAUUAAAUUUUUGCAUUGAGAAAGUACUGCAAACUGCCUUUCAGAGUAUGAUGCAAUCUGAUAUAAAGGAGGUGAUUAUUUUAACGGCAUGCCCCUGCAAGAAAGGAAUUUGGUUCAACACUCUGUGGGCGUAUUCACAAACCUGAGAAUCAUACUGACUCAACAAAAUCUUAGUGAGAAGCUGCUGAACCUGAACACACCUUGUUAGGGUCUUAAUAUUUAACAAACCCCCUCUGCUGUGAAAACAAGCUAAUAGGAAACAUUUGAGACGAUUCCAUGAAGCAACAACAGAUGAAACACUUGAGGUUUUCAAUUUGGAUAUAGCUGCAGGUUACACCUAUACUGCGGAGAGUAAUUAUGAAAUGUUAGUCUCUUUCGAGUGUCGAAUGUGUUCACUCAUGCUGUUAGAAUAGACUGUAUCUAUAAGUGUUACAUUAGCCAAUACUCGGCUGUCUCCUUUAUUUGUCCUCUCUCAACAGGACCAAUUGGGUUGGUUUGUUUGCUUGUAGCCAAAGCGAUGGGAGCGUCACAAGUUGUCAUCACUGGUAACUCGCAGAAAAUACAUCUGAACUGAAAUGACCAUUGUCAAGAAACAGGUUCUUGUAGUUGUCCUUGUCAUUAUUAUUUUUAUUCACAAUAAUGUUUGUGAAACCUCGUACCUUGUAUUCAGAUCUGUCCUCAGAGCGCCUCGCAAUGGCCAAAGAGUUGGGGGCAGACUUCCAGCUGACAGUGACAAGAGGAGACGGACCCCAGCAGCUGGCUCAGAGUGUUGCAGACAUGCUGGGCGCUCAGCCUCACAUCGCUAUUGAAUGCACUGGAGUCGAGAGCAGCAUGCAAACUGCCAUAUAUGUAUGUGAAUAUCCUUUAUAAAGAGCAUUAGAAGUUGUAUUCAAAACAAGUAAGCAUCAAUGCAUAAACUGGAGACAAUAGAGAAUUCAUUCAGGCACUGGACUUUUCUACAGUAUUUAUAGUUGAUCAGUAUGGUGCAGCCGUUAUUUAGCUGUAUGUCUUAAUCUUGAUUUAAAAAUCUGACAUAAAUCACAUGAUUUGAAAUUGUUCUGUGUUUUUUUCUUCUUGUCAGGCAGUUCGUUCAGGUGGUGUGGUGGCGCUGGUGGGUCUGGGUGCAGAGAUGGUCACUGUUCCGCUGGUUAAUGCGGCUAUCAGAGAAGUGGACAUCAGAGGGGUUUUCUGCUACUGCAACACGUAAGAAAUUCUCCCUUGCUUGCUCCUCUGGUGGUGUCAGCAGAUGUUCUGAGGCCGAUGAUAAAAUUUACUAAGCUUUUGGUUUGAUUUACAGAUACUAAUAAUUACACAAUAAACCUUCUAGUGAUUGUUUAGUAUCCCAAACAUCUGAAAUAUUUGUCUUUGUGUUGCAGUUGGCCAACUGCCAUAGCCAUGGUGGCUUCUGGUAAAGUGAACGUGAAGCCCCUUGUGACACACCGUUUCCCUCUGGAACAAGCGGUUCAGGCCUUUGAGAACAAACGUCAGGGUGUCGGGGUAAAGAUUAUGUUAAAGUGUGACCAGAAUGACCAGAAACCCUGA